AUGGUAGUAUGGGGUUGCCGAAAGCUUAUGGUUGUCAUGCACCGUUUCUCCCGAGUGAGGGGUUGUGUUGAAGAGUUCGAGGCUAAGCAGAAGGAGGUCGAGGGUAUCGUUAAUCCCAUCAUGAUGAAGGUCUAUCAGGCCGCUGGCGGUGACGCUGGUGCUACCCCUGGUGCUGCUCCUGGCGCUCCUGGCGCUGGUGCCGCUCCCACCGGUAACAGUUCCGGUCCCACUGUUGAGGAAGUCGAUUAA